AUAAUAUAUAAACUCUUCCAUCCUAACUAUGCAAAGUCAUAUGACAGUGUUGUUGUUGUUGAUUCUCUCCAGCCCUCUCCUCUCUGCCUUCACUUGAGCCUCUCCCAGAUCACUUUAUUUUUCACUCCUUUCCCACUUCCUGAUUCCUCUCUAAAGAAAAGAAAAAAAUUCCCCUCUUUUUCCUUAUUUCAGACAAAAGAAAAAAAAAAUCUGGUUCUUUUCUUUUUUUGAAAAACAAAAAAAUCUGUUUCAAUAUUUCUUAUUUGUUGUUAAAACAAUUGUUAAUUUCGGCAAUUAUUUUGUGAUUAUCUCUGUUUGAAUUAUUUCCAAUUGCUUUUCUUCUCUUCUGUGUUUUUCAAACUUUAAAAAGAGUUUAAAAAAAUGGCUUGUUGUUGUUGCCUUCAAAUUGCCGCGAAUGUUGGGAGUGUUUUGAGUCCUGUCCUUGAAGUUGCCAAGUUGUUGGCUGUUCCGAUUAGGGAUGAGUUUAAGUACUUGCUCAACUACAAGACCAACUUUGUUAAUCUCCAAGAACAAGUUGAUAAGCUGAAGAGUACAAGGGACCAAGUUCAGCGUAAGGUUACUGCAGCUGAAAAAAAUGUGGAAGAGAUCAAACAAAAUGUUAAGGAUUGGCAGAAGAAGGUGAAUGAGACCAUUACUGAAGCAGAUCAGUUGAUUCAAGAGAUGUCCGAGGGAUGUGCAAGACACCAUAACCGUACGGUCACUGAAGCUGAAAGAAAUGUGCAAGAGAACGAACAAGAACUUAGGGAUUUGCAUUUGGAUCAGACCGAAACUGAAGGACAGCCGUUGAUUCCAGAGAGAGCAAACAACCGGAGAUGUUUCAAGGGAUUUUGCCCCAACUUCAUCUUUCACUACAAGCAAAGCAAGAAAGCUGUCAAAUUAACGCAGGAUGCUAUUGAUCUCCAGGAAGAAAAGGAGUUGGAUCCAGUUUCCAAACCUAGUAAUCCACCACGGGAGAUCUGGCUUAGAACUAGUGAAGAUUACUUGACUUUUGAAUCAAGAAACUCCACUAUGAAGAAUGUAUGGGAUGCUUUAAAAGAUGAGGGUGUCUUCAUGAUUGGUGUUUACGGGAUGGGUGGUCUUGGUAAGACCACUCUUGUGCAAGAAAUUGGUAGGAAAGCCGAGAAGGAAAAUCUCUUUAAGGAGAUUGUUUUUGUGGAGGUUUCAGAAUCUCCUGAUAUAAAGAAGAUUCAAACAACAAUUGCAGCCAAAUUGAAGCUGAAUUUCGAAAAUGAAAGUGAAAUGGCAAAUAAGUUAUAUUCAAGAAUGAUGGGCAAGAAUAUUCUUCUAAUUCUAGAUAAUAUUUGGGAGGAUCUAAAUUUGAAAACAACUUUUGGAAUUCCUGAUGGAGCUGAUCGUGGAAGAAAUAAACUUCUGUUUACAACAAGAAAUGUAGAUGUGUUGAAGAGCAUGGGGUCUACAAAAAAAUUUGAGAUGGACUUUCUAAAUGAGGAUGAAGCUUGGAUCUUAUUCGCCAAAAUGGCAGGUAAUGUUAUUCAAACACCUGGAUUGAAUGAUUUACCAAAUGAUAUAUGCAAAGAAUGUGGAGGUUUGCCGAUUGUCAUUUGUACAAUAGCAAAAGCAUUAAGGGAUAUGGGAGAAAAAUAUCAAUGGGUAGAAGCCUUGGAAGUACUACGGGCGCCUUCCAUUGCAGAGUUCAAUGAACGCGUGACAAAGGAAUAUACAAAGAUUAAGUUGAGUUAUGAUUAUUUAAAAAAGAAAGAGCUCAAGAUAACUUUUAUAAUUUGUAGUUUAAUGGAAAAUGAUGCUUCCAUUUUAGACUUAUUGAAAAAUAUCAUGAGCAUGAGGAUACUUCCAGCUAAGGUAACCAUAGACAAAGCACUAGAUAUACUAGCGGCUUGGGUGGAUAAUUUGAAACACCGUUGUUUACUACUCGAUGGGCGAAGUAAAGGAAGAUUUUCUAUGCAUGAUGUUAUUCGUGUCAUUGCUCUAACAUGUGCAUAUAUAGAUUACCAUGUUUAUACAGAGAGAAAUGAUGUGGAAAAGGAUAAAGAUAAGCUUGGACAAUGCACAAUAAUCUCAUCAGUUGGUACUGAUAUUAUUACUCAACUUUGGUCUGAAGAAUUAAAUUGUUCAAAACUUAAAUUUUUUCAAGCAAGUCAGAUGAGUUCUUCCUUAGAAAUCCCUGAGGGCUUUUUCAUCAAGAUGCCCGAGCUCAGAGCAUUAAAUUUAUUUGAAAUGCAACAGUCAUUGUUGUCAUUGUCAAUUGAUCGUUUGAUUAAUCUUCAAACAUUGCGUUUAGAUGGUAGCAAAAUUGAAGAUGUUACUGUUAUCGGAACACUUAAAAAGUUAAAGGUCCUUAGCUUGCAAAAUACUUUGAUUAAGGAGUUUCAUACAAAUAUGGGUCAAUUGACAAAUUUAGAGUUAUUAGAUUUGAGCUAUUGUCGAAAGUUGAAAGUUAUUGCUUCAAAUGUGAUAUCUCAGUUAUCCAAAUUGGAAGCAUUUUAUAUAAAGUCAUGUUCUAUUGAGUGGAACUGUGGAUUACUUGAGGAAGUGAAGUUCUUGUCCAAGCUCACCAUUUUAGAAUUGGAUGUCGAAGAUAUCAAUGUUCUCCCUGAAGGCUUUUUUUCCAAAGAGCUUAAAAGGUACAACAUGUCAAUUGGCCAACUGUUCUCGCUUCAUUUUGGAAAUUAUCAACUUGAUUGUUGGAGGAUAUUACAAUUUGAAUUUAAUUCUACCAUAUGCUUAGAAAAAUUACAUGGAAUCAAGAAUGUUCAAGUUUUGCAGUUGGAGGAAUCUUCAGUUGAAGAGAAUGAUAUUUUGCAAUCCAAUAAAACGAGACCACUUUUUAACAAAAAGGUUAUUCUCACUGAUCUGAUGACUUUGGAAUUGCUUAAAAUUAGUUUUGAAAUGAUUUGGGAGAGACAACUUUCAACUUCUUCAUGUGAAAAUUUGACACAGUUGUUUUUGCACAGAUGCAAUAAAAUAAAAUAUGUGUUUCCAUUUUCUGUGGCCAAAAGUCUCAAGCAACUUCGAUUCCUCACGAUAAAGGAUUGUACAAUUUUGGAGAAGAUUAUUAAAGAAGAAGGAGCAGAAGUUGUUGAUUCUAUCUUUCCACAAUUAACUAAGUUGAGGUUUAGAGAUUUACCAAAACUUAGAGUUUUCUAUCAAGGAGUACAUGCUUUGGAAUUGCCUAUAUUGAAAAGGUUGAAAGUACGAAAUUGUCCAAACUUCACCGGAAGAUAUCAAUACUUUCAAAAAAAUAAUGAGGAAGAAGUAGUUUUAGAGUCAAAAUCCAUUUGCUUGGAGCAUAAGAUCAAUUCUGAUUUGGAGGUCAUGAAUUUGAGGAAUGAUUUGAAAGAUGACUAUAAAUGGAUUAAAUGGUGUGGUAAAGAUAAAACUCUUAAUAUCUACGAUGCAAAUAUUUCAGUUGAACUUCUUCAAGGAUUUUCCAAUGUUAAAGAUCUAGAUGUAGUCCUUUCGUCACUUGAGCCCAAUUGGAUGAGUAAAGUUACUCUCACUGAUCUGAAGACUUUGGAUUUGUUCAAUAUUAGUUCUGAAAUGAUUUGGGGGAGUCAACUUUCAACUCCUUCUUCUGAAAAUUUGACAAAGUUUAUUUUGGCCGGAUGCGAUAACAUGAAAUAUGUGUUUCCAUUUUUUGUGGCCAAAAGCCUCAAUCAACUCCAAUUCCUUGAGAUUAGGAUUUGUGAUGUUUUGGAGCAGAUUAUUAAAGAAGAAGAAGGAGCAGAAGUUGUUUAUUCUAUCUUUCCACAAUUAACUCGGUUGAAGUUAUACGGUUUAGCAAAACUUAGAGUUUUCUAUCAAGGAGUACAUGCUUUGAAAUUGCCUAAAUUGAAAAGGUUGGAAGUACAAAAUUGUCCAAACUUCACCAGAAGAUAUCAAUACUUUCAAGACAAUAAUGAGGAUGGUGAAGUUGAAGUUUUAGAGUCAAAAUCCUUUUGCUUGGAGCAUAAGAUCAAUUCUGAUUUGGAGGUCAUUACAAUGUGGGAUGAUUGGAAAGGGGAAAUGGGAAGGAUUGAUUGGUCGGGUGAAGAUAAAACUCUUGCUAUCUCCCAUGCAAAUAUUUCAGUUGGACUUCUUAAAGGAUUUUGCAAUCUUAAAGUUCUACGUGUAACCAAUUCGUCACUUGAGCCCAAAUUGAUGAGUAAAGUGGUUCUCAGAGAUCUGAUGACUUUGGAAUUGGACAACGUUAGUUUUGAAAUGAUUUGGGAGAGCCAACUUUCAACUUCUUUUUAUGAAAAUUUGACAAAGUUGAUUUUUGACAAAUGCAAUAACAUAAAAUAUGUGUUUUCAUUUUUUGUGGCCAAAAGUCUCAAGCAACUCCGAUUCCUCGAGAUAAAGUAUUGUAAGGUUUUGGAGAAUAUUAUUAAAGAAGAAGGAGCAGAAGUUGGUUAUUCUAUCUUUCCACAAUUAACUAACUUGAUUUUGGACGGAUGCGAUAACAUGAAAUAUGUGUUUCCAUUUUUUGUGGCCAAAAGUCUCAAGCAACUCCAAUUCCUCGAGAUAGAGGAUUGUAAAAUUUUGGAGAAGAUUAUUAAAGAAGAAGAAGGAGCAGAAGUUGUUUAUUCUAUCUUUCCACAAUUAACUAAGUUGAAGUUAAGAGGUUUACUAGAACUUAGAGUUUUCUAUCAAGGAGUACAUGCUUUGAAAUUGCCUAUAUUGAAAAGGUUGGAAGUACAAAAUUGUCCAAACUUUGCCAGAAGAUAUCAAUACUUUCAAGACAAUAAUGAGGAUGGUGAAGUUGAAGUUUUAGAGUCAAAAUCCUUUUGCUUGGAGCAUAAGAUCAAUUCUGAUUUGGAGGUCAUUACAUUGGAGGAUGAUUGGGAAGGGGAAACAAGAGGGAUUGAUUGGUCGGGUGAAGAUAAAACUCUUGCUAUCUCCCAUGCAAAUAUUUCAGUUGGACUUCUUAAAGGAUUUUACAAUCUUAAAGUUCUACGUGUAACCAAUUCGUCACUUGAGCCCAAAUUGAUGAGUAAAGUGGUUCUCAGAGAUCUGAUGACUUUGGAAUUGGACAACAUUAGUUUUGAAAUGAUUUGGGAGAGCCAACUUUCAACUUCUUUUUAUGAAAAUUUGACAAAGUUGAUUUUGCACCGACACAAUAAAAUAAAGUAUGCGUUACCAUUUUUUGUGGCAAAAAGUCUCAAGCAACUCCAAUGCCUUCAGAUAAGGGAUUGUAAGGCUUUGGAGAAGAUUGUUGAAAAAGAAGAAGAAGAAAGAAUAGAAGUUGUUAAUUCUAUAUUUCCACGUACAACUGAACUGGUGCUUCAAGAUUUACCCAAACUUACUGUUUUCUAUCAAGGAGCACAUGCUUUGGAUUUACCAUUGCUAAAAGAGUUGAAGAUAGAAAAUUGUCCAAACUUCACUUCAAGAUGUGAAGGCUUCCAAGAUAAUAAUGAGAAGGGUGAAGUUCAAGUUUCGAAGUCAAAAUCUAUUUGUUUGGAACAUAAGAUCAAUUCUAAUUUGGAGGUCAUUACAUUGAGGGAUGAUUGGAAAGGGGAAAUGAGAAGGAUUGAUUGGUGCGGUGAAGUUGAAACUCUUGAUAUCUCCCAUGUAAAUAUUUCAGUUGGACUUCUUCAAAGAUUUCACAAUCUUAAAGUUCUGAAAAUAAUUAAUUGCUUGGGAUUAAUAAGGAGAUUAAUAACACCUUCAAUGGCUAAAAGUUUGGUGCAGCUGAGAGAAAUGACAAUAGAAGGUUGUAAACUGCUUACUGAAAUAGUAGAAAAUGAGGGAGAUGAAACGACAACCGAAAUUGUUUUUAACAAUUUGAAGAAGUUGUCACUUUUACAUUUGGAUUAUCUCACAUGCUUUUAUUCUGGGAAUUACUCUUUCAAUUUUCCUUCUUUGAAAAAGUUAAUUAUAGAAGAUUGUCCAAGUAUGAAAACUUUCUCUGUAGGAAGCUUAAGCGCACCAAAGUUACGCAAUGUCUUUUAUGAGAAGUGGCUGGUAACAAUUGAGGAGAAUGAUUUGAAUACAAUUAUACAAAAAGCAAGCCAAAAAAGGGUUAACUCUGAUUUGAAGAAAUUGACAUUAAGUGGAAGAGAUAUCAUGUCAAUUUGGCAAGGAAAGUUUGAAAAGAACUUUGACAAAGUAGGAACUCUUGAAUUGAUUAAGGAUGAACAUACAUAUAUUCCAAUUCAUAUCUUCACAAAAUUUAUUAGUCUUGAACAACUGGAAUUGACAAUGAGUUCAUAUGAAGAGAUAUUUUCAUGUGAAGAAAGUGAAGAACAUGUUGGAGCACUUGCACAAUUAAAUGUUUUACAAUUGUGUGGGCUUUUUAAUUUAAAGUGCAUUUGGAAACAAGACUCUCAAUUCAAAUCUAUUCUUCAAAAUCUCCAUGAAUUAAGUGUGAUGUUUUGUCAUAAUUUGAUGACUCUACUGUCGUGUUCAUCAUCAUUCAAAAAUCUAACUACUUUGAAGGUGUUUUACUGCAACGGAUUGCAAAACUUAAGUGCAUCCUCAACAGUCAAAAGUCUAGUAUGUUUAGAAAACUUGCAAAUAGAGGACUGUGAAAUGAUGAAAGAAGUACUAGCAAAUGAUGGAGAUAUAGAGGAAGAUGAAAUUGUUUGUGAGAAACUUAAGGAGUUGACCUUGGUAAAAUUAAAAAGUCUCAAAUGCUUCUAUUCUGGGAAUUGUGCCUUAAAUUUCCCAUUCUUGGAAUCAUUAAAUGUCUCUAAAUGCUUCAAGAUGAAAACUUUCUCUGGAGAAGGCUUAAACAUGCCAAUGUUAUGGAAGGUGAAUAAAAAGUUUUGUAUGGAUGACCUCAAUUCAAUCAUACAACAAUUACAAAAUGAUUGUUCAGGGUUCUGUGAUAAAAUGACAAAAGAAUAUCAAUUAGAAAAAGAACGGAGAAGAAUCCAUGGUUCCCCCCACUUUGGUCUCUCCCAUUCUCGAACUCACUAUUAUGACUGGGAAUCAUCAUCAGAAGAAGAGGACUGGAGCCAGACGGCGAGGAUGGAAGAUGAAGAAAAAAGCAGCAAUGUUUGAAGGGUUUUCAAACGAUCAAUUGAUGACGGCAACAACAGUCGAAGUUUGUCAAAGAAAGUUUCAGGUAACAAAGAAAAAGUUUCCUACAAUGGUUACCGGUUGGAUGAGUUUGUUCCACAGAAAAGGUCAACUUAUGUAAGCCAAGAAGAUCUGCAUAUUUCUAAGAUGGCUUAAGGAAACACUUGAAUUUGCUGCUCAAUGUCUUGGUGCCGAAAACCGAGGAAGUAGGCUUCCUUAAAUUUACUUAAAUGAAGUUUAAUCUUAGCCGCCUUAUCAAUUCUCUUGAGCAGUUGAUAGGCUCAGAGCUAUGAUGAUAGAAGUCAGUAAAAGAGAAGAGGCACGAAUUGUUCCGGAUCCAGAUGUAGAUACUUGUAUGAAGGAGAGGUGGUUGCUCCCACAAAAGCCUUAUUUCUGGAUGAAAUAUCAAAUGGUUUAGACAGUUCAACUGCAUAUCAGAUUGUUGUUUGGCCAUAGCAGCAGGUGCAUAUCACUGAUGCUACUGUAUUGAUUUUUACUUCUUCACCCAGUUCCAGAAACCUUUGAACUCUUUGAUGACUUCAUUUUGAUGCGGAAGGAAAGGUUGUGUAUCAAGGACAAUGCAAUAAAGUUGUAGAAUUUUUCAAGGACUGUGAAUUCAGGUGAAUUCAGGUGUCCUCAAAGACAAGGUGUAACUGACUUUCUUCAGAAGGUCAGUGAAUUACAACUUACAAUCAUUUGUUUUUCCAUGCUUAAAUGUUAGUACUUCAGGUUUUAUUUUUAAUUCAUUUAUUCGGCUGGCGAUAUCUCAAAAAGAUCAAGUGCAAUACUGCCACUGCACUGAUUCUAAUUGGCACUAAGAGAAGUUGUUCCUUCAAUGUGUAUUUCUUCAAUUUUCUGCUAUGGCAGCUGUUUGAGUUCAAUGCUACUGAAGUUUGUUCAAUGUUCACCCAGUUGAAUUCAAAUGCUGCCUCCUGAUCAUCUUGUGCGAUGAUUUUGCAAGAAAAGCCGGCCAAUAGUCAAGUCAAGAUUCCAAUGAUGGAGGGAUGGUCCUACCUUUUAAACCCUAAUCAGUAGCAAUUCAGAAUAUGAACUAUUAUGUUGACUUCCCUACGGUUGCUUAAAGGUUGCAGUAUUCCAGGUAAAACAUUAUUGACCAGAAGGGCAGAUCCUAUUGAGGACCCAAGCUUACAUUCCUCAAGUUUUGGACGCAGCCUUUCUCAGAAUGAUGCUGGGACAAGUGAUAAUAUGCAUGAUUCCGUAGAGGUAGAAGAUCAAGAUACAACCAAGCCAAAUAAUGGAAGUUCUUAUAAGUUAACAAUUUCAAAUAUUGAAACUAUGUUAAAAAAAUCUCAUAGGUCCACCAUGGGUGCUAGAGCUACAGAUUCUACAUAUGAAACCAAGGAGCUAUCUGGUUCCAUGGUCAUAUUAGAGAGAGUACGAGAGUUAGCUUGGAGUGGUGUACCACCAUACAUGUGCCCUACCAUAUGGAGGCUUCUUUUGAUGAACUGAUAACAGCCAUAUGCACCACCAAAUUCAGAUGGAAGCAAGGGAGUCCUAAGAAGGAAGCAUAGUGACCAUCUUGACUGUGUUGCUCAGUUUUAUGACAUUCCAGAUACUAAACAUUCAGAUGAUGAAAUUAACAUGCUUCGCCAGAGUUGGUGUGGAGUUGCCUUGUGUUUAACUGUAGAGGUGAGAUAUAAGAAUUUAAGAUUGGAAGCUGAUUGUGAGAUUGUUCACAGAAAGCCCCUCCCAUCUCUAUGGAAUCCUCUUAUACAUUCGCUUUCGCUCUGUUUCUGCUGAGCCAUAAAUUGAAUCAAUAUAGGUCCUCUCUGAGCUUAUAGGUUCAAAGUCAAAUCAAGUUCAGAUAACCUUCCAAUGAUAGCAAUGGCAUCGUUGAGCCCAGAAGGAUGAUUGUUCUGCUUGGCCUCAAAGUUGCAGGAAGAUCACACUUCUAAAGGCUCUCUCAGAAACUCCUGACAAAUCUCAAAAGGCAACGAAGGAAAAGUUUUCUUUAGCGGUUGCUGGUUGGAUGAGUUUGUUCCCAGAAAACAUCAGCUUAUAUAUGCCAAGAAGAUCUGUUUUUUGCAGAAAUGACCUAGGGAAAUACUUGAUUUUUCUACUUGAUAUCUCGGUGUUGGAAACCGAGGAAGUAGGCUUCUUUAAAUUUUAAUUCAAUGAAGUUUUAGUCAUAGCCGUCUUAUCAAUUCCCAAGAGUAGCUGAUAGGUACAGAGCAUUUUUUUUUUCUGCCUGUGGAGAUGAUAUGAUGGAAGUCAGUAAAAGUGAUGUGAACAUAGAUACUUACAUGAAGGCCCUUGUACUCAAUAUCUGUGCUGACACAAUGGUGGGAGACGAGAUGAGAUGAGGCAGCUAUGGAGGUUAAAAAAGGAGAUUGAGUACAAGGAAAUUUUCAUAAAUGCAUCUGCUCCAUCUCCACUUUGUAGAAAAGUUUAUGGAAUAGAUGACUCAAAAGGAUUAGAUGCCUCCCCCAUCACAAGCCUUAAAUGUUUAAUUUUUCAUUAAAAUUUGGAGGAGAGAUGAUUGUUGCUCGUCUGCAACAGCUGGUGCAUAUCAGAGAUGCUACCUUAUUGAUUUCACCUCUACCUCCAGCUUCAUAAACCUUUGAACUCUUUGAUGACAUCAUUUUGAUGUGGAAGGAGUGGUUGUGUAUCAAGGACCACACAUCAAGUGGUAGAAUUUUUCUGCGCCUUGUAUUUGUGAGGCUCUAGAAUCCCUUUGCGCCUUAUCUGUGUUUAAUAACUAUGGUUCUUUAUCACAGUUCCUUAUAGACUGAUGCAUGUUUCUUUUCAAUAUUACUUCUAUUUUAAUGG